CUGGCGAAUGUGUUAUGCUUUGUUUACCGGUAAAUGGUUUUACGCGACCAUGUCGAGCUCGGUCCACUAUAGGUAGUGACAAUGUGCUUGUGUAGACCUGUUGCUAGCUCGGCGCUGUACUUAUAACGGUACCUCACAAUAGAACAAUGACGGCGUAUCGAAGGGGGCAGGGAUACACACGGCGCAAGCUAAUAGGUGAUCGCUGAUCAACCGCUAAGAAGAUUGAGGGAUUGAUUUGCAGGAGGAAUUAUGAGAGACGAUCCUUGCGGAUCCUAAGAAGGAAUACAGGGAUUUAAAUCAGUCUUGUUUCAGGUGCCCCAGUUCGACCUCGGUCUGUGCGAGCCAGUACCGCCAUGAGUAAGAGAGGCAAGAAGAAGGAUGAAAAGCCCCCUCCAGCCACCGGCCCGGGGAGCAAGAUCGUCUCCCUGCCCGACCCCCUCAAGAAGAACCACAUCAAACGCCUGGGGGACGGGAAGGCAGUUCACCUCAAAUUCGGCACGUGCAACAUGAAGACGCUACCCAUCGAGAUCUACGACAACGAGGAACUGAGUGCACUGACGCUACGCUUCAACGCUGAGAACAACCGUCUGAAGAGGUUACCCAAAGGCUUGGCCAAUCUGGAGAACGUGGAGUAUAUUGACGUCAAGAACAAUAACCUCACCUCCUUCCCUGGCUCGGUAUCCAGGAUGAAGAAGCUUGUGACGUUAGACAUCACUAAUAACAGUAUUAAAAAGUUGCCUCCUUCUAUACAUAAAUCCACUGGCCUUAGAACUUUAUAUGCUCAAAAUAAUAGACUCAGAGCUUUGCCCAAGAAUCUAGGAAAGUCGCCAUCUUUGACACAUAUAGAUGUUUCGUUUAAUCUGAUCAAAUCGUUCAAGAAGGGUCUGUAUGAAGUGGCUGCGUUUGUGAAACUGGCAGGUAACAGGAUUACGGAAAUGCCCUCUGCUGCUGUUAAAAAGCCAAAUAUCAAGAGUAUGGAUCUUUCCCAUAAUGCAAUCGCAUUUGUGCCGGAAAACAUUGACAAAUUGAGAUGCUUGACCUGGCUUGACCUUUCCCACAAUUCCUUGGAUGAGCUUCCUGUGCAGGUGGGGAUGGUGAAGUAUCUGCACUAUUUCAAUGUUUCGCACAAUUCUAUUAAAGUGCUUCCAGAAGAGAUAUGCAGUCUUGGCUAUGCACUGGACACACUCAACGUUGCUGGUAAUGAAAUUGCUGUUUUGCCAAAUGAUAUCCAUUUACUAAAGAAGCUCCGAGUUUUGGACGUCUCCGACAACCAGAUUGAGUACCUGCCGACAGGGACGAAAGAUCUGCAGUGUAUCGAAAGCCUCAAUGUGUCAGGAAACCGCCUCAACUCCAUGAAAUUCGCGAUUUAUUUGAAACAAUUGGAACAUCUGUAUGUGGCUAGAAAUAAAAUUGAAGUUAUUCCGGAUGAACUUCAAGAGAUGAAGGCUCUUCAGACCCUGGAUGUGUCUGGUAACGGGAUCAGAGAGGUUCCUGAAUCUCUCGGUAAGGUGACAACACUGAAGCAUCUAAACAUUGCCCAGAACAAGAUCUCCAUCCUCCCAGACAGUCUCGGCCAGGAACAAAUCCUCAUCACCCUUGAUAUCUCCUACAACAGGCUGGCAGCUCUGCCCGCUGACCUCCGAAAGGUCCGCAACCUGGAGAAGUUCCACAUGAGCCAUAACGAAAUUGCAGCCAUCCCCAAGUCAAUUGACUUCUUGUACCAGCUUCAUUCGUUUGAUGUCUCCAGCAACAGCCUGACUGAGUUAAACAUCCCGAAGCCAUGUGCGUACCUCUAUCUGUCUAAUAACCCACUCACCGUCAACCCAACUGACUUACGUUCGCCUCUGGUUGUCAUUGGAGAUAAGGAUCAUCUACGGAACCUGUCGCAUCUGGAGAUUUGUAACCUCCAGCUUGAUGAGAUUCCUCCUGCUGUCUUCAACCUCCGACUCCUUCGCCAUCUGGACAUGUCAAAGAACAACCUGAAGUCUCUCACGGACGGUAUAUCCAAGCUGAAGGCUCUGGAGAGUCUUGUGGUCAGCCACAACGAGCUGACCGAUCUUCCGGACGGACUCACGGUGCUGAAAAAGCUGAAACGGUUGACCGUGUCCAAUAACUCCAUAGCUGACUUCUCCCCGGGACUUCUGAGGCUCUUCUCACUGGAGAACCUUGACAUGUCCUUCAACAAGAUGUGCCUCCUCCCCGAUGACUUCGGUGACCUUAACAAGCUCAUCAGCCUUGACCUUUCCAGCAAUGAACUUUUGACCUUUCCUCGAGAUCGGAUAGACGUCUUAGCGUCUCUAACCACGUUGAAUGUAUCGUUCAACCACAUUGACGAGAUGCCAAUGGGAUUUCCGUAUCUUUAUAGGCUGAAAGUGCUGAGGGCAAAAGGCAACGACAUCAAGUCCCUCCCUGGAGAGUUUGACAGGUUGAAAGCAUUGGAGGUUCUGGAUUUCUCUGACAAUGUAUUGGAAGUCCUUCCAGAGAGCAUAUGCAAACUACCUGCAGUCCGAGAGGUGGAUGUUUCGGACAACAAGAUCGUCCUUGGAUUCCCGAAGGCUUGGGAGAACCUUCGGGGCAGAGCCUCAAUCACCUACUCGGACCAGUCGUCAAGCAAGACGAGGGAAGACCGAGACAGACCGAAGAAGCCCGAACCAGAGAAGAGUCCAAAGGGUAAACGGAAGGGGAAGGGGAGUCCCCAGGGGGGCAGGAGGGGUAAAGGUGCUAAGUCCGCGCCCCCUGGCAACUGAACGCACCUCACUGACCAGUAUCACCUGUCGGAGCUUUAUACCAUUCGGAAACAAAUGAAAUAUCCUUCUGUAUACAAAACAAUCACGCAACUCAAUUACCCAUCUUGGUGUUUGAAAUGUAAUAAAGCCUCGUCCAUAGGUAUCGACGGUGAUACUGUAGGUUCAGAUGGCUGGAUUAACGAAACGAUGAAAGUCUCACAUCUAUCUUGGUGUUGGAAAUAUCAGAAGCCUCGUUUGUCGUGUCAGGGACAUAAGAAUGGAUUAACGAAGCCGGAACUAGGGAGUUCACAAAAUGUCAUUUCCGCCUAUCAGAUGUUACAGGGCACAUUUCAAAGUUUAACAGUUCACUUGUAUAGAUAAUUGGAAUAGCUCUUAUGCAACUUCACGAAUGGCGUGUGAGAACGAGGCAGUACCAGCAACCUUGUCCUUCGUUUUCAAGACCGCCUUUACGAAUCUGUUUCAUGUAUUUCAAUUAAUGGACAGUAUUGACGAAGAGAAAUAUAUAUUCAAGUCUGUGAUAAAACCACAACAGAUGCCAAGUUAUUAGAUAGGACAAUUGUAUCCGUGUGAUAUCUGGAUUGUAUCCGUGUGAUAUCUGGAAAUUAUUACUCAAUUAGUGCUCAAUGUCUGAACGAUCAACACGUGUCACAACCAUUGUUAUAUGAUGACAAUGUAUUGCACCUUUGUACAUUGUUGGUAUUUUUUAUGUUCUUACAUCCAUGUGAUAUUCAUUGGAUUAUAUAACUAUGGAGGUAUAUUUAUACACAUUUAUAGCAUUGCAUGUCCGGGGAACCGUGGUUGAUUUGAACCACUCACUAAAUGAGCCAUUUGUUGGUAAGGUUUCAUACUUAGAUCAUUGGAGUUUCUUAACAUUGACGUAUGUUGGUGAUGAUUCCCUGCAAAAUAUAUUAUUCAUGUUUAUUUUGGUUGACAGCGCUGUUCCGUCCUCAACAUUCCCGUGUCAUAUUCUCAUUAAUAAUAUAAAUCAUUUUUGGUAUAUAACUGAUCGAGGAGAAUGUCCUUUAUGGAUGAAUCAUACACAACCAUAUCAUAUUAGCAUAAAACACAUUCUCUGCUUCAGACAAUACAUGUCACGCAUCAAUGAAUUAUAGUGACAUCAGAUGACCA